UAAAUGAUUAAAGGCAACAAUUAGUUGAUGAUCAUCAAUCGGCAAGUUAACGAUGUGGUGGCAGCACAUUGUAACAGGAGGGAGAUGAUGAUUGGUAAAGACGAGAAGAAGAUGAAAAGGAGUUUUCACUCCAAUUUUACUUCUUUCACUUUACUUCAACGCAUUCAGUCAACAAUUUGAAAUGUAAACAAUCAGUGAAAUAUAUUGCAAUCUAACAAACACAUCAAUAACCGUUAAUAAUCAUCAACAAUCAUCGACAUUCAUCAAUUACCAUCAAUCCUUUUCAAUCUGGUUACAGUGUUUUCCCAUAAGGUACAACUCAAUCGCAUAUGUAUCCUGAUAUCAACUUACCUUCAUCACAAUCAACCCAUUUGUUUAUCACUUAUAAAUUGUAUUUAAAUCUUUAUUCCUCAAAAUUAACCAUCAUUCACCAUGAAUCUAUUUAACACUGAAGGCAACAAUUACCAGAAAUACCAGAAUUCAUCUGUUUUAAUAGUCUUAACCAUUGGAUUCUUAAUACUAGGUAUUAAUGGACAAGAUGUGACAGGUAAACCCAUUUUGGUCACAAGUAAACCUUUGAUUGUAAAAGGUCCUGUUGUUGAAACUUGUAAAACGCUAAGAUUUGAAGCUCACAUCUUCCCAUUGCCAUGUAAAAAGUACAAUACGAAAUGUGGAACCAAAAAUCCAAUGAAUUGUGAUAGUUUUAAGGCUAAACACGAGAAAAAUUGUGAAAAAAUUAAGUUAAAUAGACCCACUUUGUAUACCAAACUUUGCACAACUGAUGAAUUGAAACAAUAAGGUUAAAAAUUUUCAAUCAAACCUUCAAAUCUUAUUAUUUACUUCAAAUUAUAACAUGUAUAAAUAACAUUUUUGUUGCUUGAAAAGUAAAAUCUAAAAACAAUUCAUCAA